GUAGGGCACCCGUCUGCGCAUGCGUACAAUUAACUCAAGCGACUGGAGUCGCGUCUCACUCUAGUUAGCACCGGCUAGGCUAAAUCGCCUCGUCCUCCGAAGCGGACCGCUUCCAAAAUGUUGUCUCUCCGCGCUUGGCGACGAGGAGAGCGGGGCGGCCUCCGAGCGGAGGGCUUGACAGCGCCGCGUUGUUGACGUCCUCUCCACGCUCCCCUCCCCCCACCAGCGCCGCCACGCUCAAACUGGAGUUAUUAUGCUCUCGCGAAAGAAGAGUAAAAGCGAGUCGUCGAAGCCGGCCGAGGUCCACGGGAAGUAUGUGAAGAAGGAGACGUCGCCGCUCCUCCGAAAUCUUAUGCCCUCGUUCAUCCGUCACGGCCCCACCAUGCCCCGCCGCGCCGAUGUGCCAAUGCCCGACAUGGGUCCCUCUGCCUACGCGGCGGCCCCCGGCCGAGAGACAAAUUUGUCCCGCAGCAAGAGCUUCCUCCGCGUCGAUGUGCCGCGUCCGCCACACGAGGCGGCCCGCCGCGAAAGCCAUCGCUUGUCGGCGCCGUCGUACCUGCCGCGCAGCCUUGGCGAUCUGCCGCACGAAUACGCCGGCUCCCUGCAGUCUUUCUUGACAGACGGAGGCCCCGUGUCGGAGAAUGGCGAUGCCGGGCGCUACUACUUCCACCCCCAGGAAGCUUCCUACUACGAGGGUAGGCAACAGCAGGCCCGAAGGAUGCCGGAACGCUUCCCGGAUGACUACCACUACUACGAGCAUGGUGAACAUAGUUUCCAAAGACAUCCGCGGCAACACACGCCCCCCACACCAGGCAGACCCCCCUCAGGCAUAGGUCGAAUCCAGGCCAAAUCGCUGGGGAACCUCUCCAGCCUGACCGCAGAGGACCUGCCCCUCCCCACCGGCUGGACCGUGGACUGGACCAUCCGCGGCAGGAAGUACUAUAUCGACCACAACACUAACACGACGCACUGGAGCCACCCGCUGGAGCGCGAGGGGCUCCCGCCGGGCUGGGAGAAGGUGGAGUCGGCCGAGUUCGGCGUCUACUUUGUGGACCACAUCAACAAAAGGGCGCAGUAUCGGCACCCCUGCGCUCCAAGUGUGCCCCGCUACGACCAGCCGCCGCCUCUGCCGCCUCCGCCUAUUACCUAUCAGCCGCGGCCCGCCGAGAGGAACCAGCCGGUGCUGGUGCCGGCAAACCCCUACCACACCGCUGAGAUCCCGGACUGGCUGCAGGUCUACGCCCGUGCCCCCCUCAAGUAUGACCACAUCCUCAAGUGGGAGCUCUUCCAGUUGGCCGACCUGGACACGUACCAGGGCAUGCUGAAGUUGCUCUUCAUGAAAGAACUGGAGCACAUCGUCAAGUCGUACGAGGCGUACCGCCAGGCGCUGCUCUCCGAGGUUGAGGCGCGCAAACAGCGGCAGCAGUGGUACGCCCAGCAGUCACCCGGCAAAAGCUUCAUGUGACCAAAACGCGCCACCCUGCGUGCCCCCCCCCCCCGUCUUCACCUCGUGUGCCUUUGCCUCUUGAUCCAAAUAUUAAAAAAAACAAAAACUCUGGAAACACUCCGAUGAAGAAGCUAUCACGUAGGAGGAAUGACAAAACAACCUUGUGCCUCUUUAAACAGUGAACCAAAACUCAGCAUUUGCAACACGGACAUGCAGGAAGACCCCUUUUUGGCUCUUUUUUGACCCACUUUUUUUUUUCUUUUUAAGACAAUCCACCAAAACUUGGGCAAUAUUUAAGUGUCAAUAAGAAACCCGCCGUCUUUAUUACAAAUAAGCACCACCUCGGGAAGAUAAUAAGCUACUGGAACUUUUGGAAUACUUUUUCAUGCAAAAGACUUUGGGGAUUUUUUUUUUUUUUUGUCAGGACGCUAACUGUUCCGCCAUUUUUAAAAAAUGUUUUUUUUUUAUGAUAUCCCGAAAUGUCUCAAAGCCAUAUGUUGCUGGUGGAACAGUACACUUUGCUACCAGCAAGAAUUUUUUUUUUUGAAAUAUCAUAUUUUAAUAUAUUUUUUAUCUGAAAACGUGUAUGCCGGUUCUGCCCAUUCCUGUGGGGAUUUAGUCUGAUUUUGUACGAAAAGGCAACGAGCUGUAAUUAGUAGAUAGUGGAAGAAGUAUCGAUCUUAAUGAAUUAGGAUUUGGUGGUAAGCUAAAUUUCAGUAGUUCAGUUGUGGAAUAUUUGACUACAGCUUUCUUCUCACAACACCCCCAAAUUCACCAUCUCUCGGAAUUUCAGAGGAAACGAUGAUUUCAUUUAGAGAAUUUGCCUUCUACUAAUUGUAUUCACUUUUUCAGUCAAACUACUGAAGUGAAUCAACAUUUCUACCAUAUUUUAAUUCAUUGACAGACGGAUAUGUUUUUUUUUUUCCUGUUUUGUGCACAAAGCGGGUUAAUUCUAAGCCGUAUAGAGAGAUUGUGCAUCAGUAAUGAUACUCGAGACCUCAAAGCUGGACAAAAUUUUUUUUGUUGCUUUCUGCUCUCUCCGCUCGUCUUAACUUUUCGUACAAUUUCCAAGUAAAUCUUCCCGCAAAGGCAUGAGCAGUUACUGAAUAUCCCAGAAGGAUGUUUGAGACUCUUGAUAUUGACGACAUUUUGUGCAUUUUGCCACAAAAUAACACUACGGCAAGAGUUCCCAUUAGAGUCACACUGCGGGUUAUGUAGAACCUGACGUAAUAAAAUUUCAAGUCUGCUUUCUA